AUGAGGAAGUGGAUCCCAUUCUGGAAGUACUGUCUGGGACACAGUGAAUUAGAUGAGGAAGUGGAUCCCAUUCUGAAAAAGUCACUAAACAGGUCAGACCGUAUCUCAUUAACACCAAACUCUAGAGGUUACUACAGGUCAGACCGUAUCUCAUCAACACCAAACUCUAGAAGUCACUACAGGUCAGACCGUAUCUCAUCAACACCAAACUCUAGAAGUCACUACAGGUCAGACCGUAUCUCAUCAACACCAAACUCUAGAGGUUACUACAGGUCAGACCGUAUCUCAUCAACACCAAACUCUAGAGGUUACUACAGGUCAGACCGUAUCUCAUCAACACCAAACUCUAGAAGUCACUACAGGUCAGACCGUAUCUCAUCAACACCAAACUCUAGAGGUUACUACAGGUCAGACCGUAUCUCAUUAACACCAAACUCUAGAGGUUACUACAGGUCAGACCGUAUCUCAUUAACACCAAACUCUAGAGGUUACUACAGGUCAGACCGUAUCUCAUCAACACCAAACUCUAGAGGUUACUACAGGUCAGACCGUAUCUCAUCAACACCAAACUCUAGAGGUUACUACAGGUCAGACCGUAUCUCAUCAACACCAAACUCUAGAGGUUACUACAGGUCAGACCGUAUCUCAUCAACACCAAACUCUAGAGGUUACUACAGGUCAGACCGUAUCUCAUCAACACCAAACUCUAGAGGUUACUACAGGUCAGACCGUAUCUCAUCACCACCAAACUCUAGAGGUUACUACAGGUCAGACCGUAUCUCAUCAACACCAAACUCUAGAGGUCACUACAGGUCAGACCGUAUCUCAUCAACACCAAACUCUAGAAGUCACUACAGGUCAGACCGUAUCUCAUCAACACCAAACUCUAGAAGUUACUACAGGUCAGACCGUAUCUCAGGUCAGACCGUAUCUCAGGUCAGACCGUAUCUCAGGUCAGACCGUAUCUCAGGUCAGACCGUAUCUCAGGUCAGACCGUAUCUCAUCAACACCAAACUCUAGAGGUUACUACAGGUCAGACCGUAUCUCAUCAACACCAAACUCUAGAAGUCACUACAGGUCAGACCGUAUCUCAUCAACACCAAACUCUAGAAGUCACUACAGGUCAGACCGUAUCUCA